AUGGAAGCCUUUAAUGAAAACAUUAUCGCCAAGUUCGAGCUAGACUACCUGUACAUUCAGCUUCCAAAACUGGCAAUCUUCUACCACUUGCCCAGGAUCCACAAAAAUUUGGAUAACCCACCAGGUAGACCAAUUAUUAGUGGGAUCGGAUCUCUGACCAGUGAUCUAUCGGAAUGUGUGGAUUUUUAUCUACAGAAAUAUGAAUCUCAAGCACCUUCCUAUAUAAGAGAUUCGGCCUUAAGGCAUAUCACGGCAGCUCCCAAUCUGUGCAUUUCCUGA